GCAGCUUUUAGUUUACAAUGGAAUGUCAACCAACUCCUAUGCCGCUUCAAAAUGAUAUUUUAUGAGAUUCUGGAUUUGUAAUACACUUAAAAUCAAGAACGAUGGAUCGCCAAUAUGCAAAUGGUUCUCCUUCAAGGAAGAAGUGGUCAAAAGAAGAGAGCAGACAACAAAGUCUAAAGGAAGCUGCUGUACAUGAGGUCUUGCCUGGCUAUGAAGAUUACCUGUUGCUGUUGCAAGAAAGAAACAGGUUAUUGAAGAAAAUGAGGAAGAAAAAUAAGAAUCAAAUUGAACAGGAGAAGAAAGAGAAAGGAUUUUCCAUUUAUGUGAAUGGUGCAAAUUCUGGUAGACGGCGGAGUCAGAAAACUCCUGUUGCAGACAGCAAUGAAUAUUCUGACCCAGCACCUAAGUCGCAUAGAUUAAAAACAGCUGGAGAUGCCCCUAGAAGAGUUAUAGAUCAUGAAUACCUCAACAAAAGAAUUGAAGAGAAAAAGAAACAAGAGGAACAGAAGCGUGUAAAAACAGCCCCAGCCAGGGAGCGGCGGCGUAACUGGCUGAAGGAGUCGGUGGAGUUACAGACAGCUAGAGGGGAAAAGUGCAGGUUAAAAGCACCAGAACUUGUCACUGGGAACUAUGACGAUGACUUUGAAGAUGAUGAAGAUAGUGAAGAUAGUGAUGAUGAUGAAGAUUAUGACAGGAGUGAUGAUAGUAUGGACGAUGACAAAGAACAGAUGAAAUCAAAAAUGUCUAAGUACCUGAAGAAGAAGGUAGAAGUUAGUGAUGAGGAGGAGGGGCGUGUACGAUACAAGCGAAGACUAAGUACACCUAGACAGCAGCCUCCUAAAGCCCGGCCGCGGGAACAAGAGUCUGAUUCAGAAGAAUCAUCAGGGGAUGAGGAGGUGAAAGAGAAACUCAUGUUGAGUAUUGCAGAUGUCAAGAAACUGAGGAAAAGUUUAUCAAUGAAUGCCAGCAUCAAAGAAACUUUGGCCAAGGAUGUCAGUUCAGAUGAGGAUGAUUCUGCGAGGAGCUCUCCAAUCCCUGAAGAGGAUGAAGAGGUGGAGGAGGACUUGGUCCCUGCAAUGGACAGCCUCAGUCUGGAGCAUAAAGUCAGCAAAUCUAUAUUUAAACCUACAGACACCAUUGUCCUGGAGCUAAGUGCUCCCCCAGUUCGAAAAGGGAAAUUGGAGAAAAACUUGUCAGUAGCAAGGAAAAAGGAUGUGGAAAUUGAUACAAGCUAUCAGAGUAAAUCUUCCAACACCAGCUCGAAAACUCCUCGAGCCAAGUCUGCUGUUUUACAAUCUAAUGGGCCAUCCAAGAAGUCGAAUCGUCCACUAUCAGCCAAUAGGGUAAACCGUGACCACCACACUGACACCCAGGAGGAGGCCUCGGCCGUGCUGGCCGCACUGAAGGCUGAGAACGAUAAGGCAGCCAAGGGUGGACAGCCACAGAUCCGCAAGUUACCAGCCACACCAGUUAGUAAACAGGGUCCCAAGCCAUCUGUUAGUAAGGAUUCGCCGUUGAGAAAGUCUGAAACGAGAAGAUCGGGACCCUUAGCCAGUCCUCGCUCUAAGCCUGCUACUGCCUCAAGGGACAGUACUAAUGACUCCAAGAGCUUCCUGGCUGAUGAUAGACUGACAAACAUUAUGAAGAAGGUCCUCAUGAUGCAGCCAAAACAGCAGAAGAAGUUGAUGAAGGUUCUAGGAGACCUUGAUGACUCCAUGGAAGAUGAACUACAGCACAUUCCCAAACCAUCCCCAAGUCAGCCAGUCAAAGCCACUAAACCUGUCCAAGACAUGGUACAGAAAUCAGCACAGAAAUCAACUCGUAAAUCCGUGCAAAAACCUGUACAAAAGUCUGUUCAAAAGUCUGUGCAGAAAUCUGUGGAGAAAUCUUCCAACAAGAUGGUGGAUGAAGGUAUUGAGGUAAACCUUGAGAUCACAUCAAACUGGGGUCACCCUGCACUGCUGGGUCUCACUGAAAUACAGUUCUUUGACGUAGAUGGUCAUCUUGUGCCAGUCUUUCCUGACAACAUAACUGUUCAUGGAGCCCAGGAACAACAGUCACCAAUCAGUGUCCUCUUCAACGGCAAAUACAAGACGAGUAAGGAGAGGAAUAUGUGGCUGUGUAACUACAGACGGGGACAUCCAGUUGAGCUGUGUAUCUUACUCCCUCACAGCUUUAGAGGUAAACAACUGGACAUCUCAAAGGUCAAAAUCUGGAACUACAACAAGAGCAUAAAUGAUCUUGAGAUCGGAAUCAAAGAGACGAGAAUGUUCAUCGGAGGGAUGUUGAUGUUUGAUGGCCCUGUAGAUAAGGGCUGUGGAAACCAAGUGUUUGACUAUGGUGCUGUUAUAGACUGUCGAGAUAGACAGCCACCUUCCAAAUCCAAUACUAAGUCACAAAGUAAUACAACUCAGAGCAAACCGCCAACCUCUCCUGUGUCUAGAAAUCGUAAUGCUAGUCCUUUGUCAAAAAAAUCCCCCACCCCAACAUCACCAAAGAUCAGACAUGAGGAAGAUGCAGGUGGUAUUUUACUGAAGCCCACACUGUCACCAAGAUCACGGGGUGAUAGUACGAAGAAACAUUCCAGUUCCAUAGAGCCUAGCACACCCACGGAGGAUUACAAAAAACCACCUCCAUUCUCCCGAUUGUCAUCAAAUGAAGACAGACGUCCACAGAGCGAGUCAUCCAACUCAUCCAAUGAGAAUACAGCUGUUAGUGGGACCAAGGUCUCCAAGGAUGGAGUCAAGGUCAGAAGUGAGACACGAACAAUGAACUAUUCCGAAAAGGAUAAAAACAAAGACUUACGAAGGCCAUCUGUGACUUCUGAUAGAUCUGGAUCUGAAGCAGAUGAUGACAGCAGGGGUGAGUCCAGGAUGCCAAGCAGACCACGAGGGUCAAAAACACCAAGAAAGUCCAAAAGAAUGGCUGCUAAGUUGGACGGUCAUUCGUCUGAGGAGGCAAGGGACUCAUCGCGAUCUGUCAAUGAUAGUGCUGACCAGCGACCACCACGUCCGGUGAAGAAGUCAGAAGAAAAGCCCCCCGUAUCGCAGUCUGAGGAUCAGCGAGCUGAGGUGUCCGUGUCAGUCCAUGACUCAGUCUCACAGAGUCAGGGGGACACGUCCAUGAUACAGCAGUUGAAGCAGAUGAACCAGAGAGAACAAAAAAGGAAAAAAGACAUUCCAAAGUGGCUGAAAGCAGAAGAUGUGUCAGGAGCUUUUGAGAAUCCAGUAGCAAGCCAAAUAAUAUCUCAGCCAGACCCUGUGAGCAUGACAGAGGCUGCACCAGUACGAGAGGACUCACCAGAGACUGUCGACCAACUCAUCGAGGAGGAGAUGGCCAUGUGGCCCAAAAAAUCAGAAUUAAAAACAGUGUUUAAUGAAGACAAGCCACCCCUAAAAGAAGGUGACAAAUCCAACUCCACACCCAUGCAAAAGAUUCAGCAAAACCGAGCCAAGUGGCGUGAAACACAAAAAAAGAACCUGGAAGAAUCCUGGGGAUCUCUAAACAUGUUUGACCGACAUCAAAAAGGCAGAAUAUCCAUGGACUUAGAUGAUGAUGCCUUAGAUGAGUAUCUGAAGCCACUGGGAAAGCCCCAGCCCACCAUCGUUGAGGAGGAGGGGGAGACUGUUCCAAAAGAUCCUGUUACUGAGACUGAGGAAAUAUCAGUUCAGGACGAAGACUUCAUCAUUCCAGAGCUGCCCUAUGGUAAAGACUUAGUGAUAGACAUUCGAUCCACAUGGGGAGACAACCACUACGUUGGUUUGACAGGAAUAGAGGUAUUCUCCAGUACAGGAGAGCCAGUGGUCAUCACAAAGAUUACAGCCGACCCCCUGGACAUCAAUAUCUUGCCAGAGUACAACAAGGAUCCUCGUGUAGUGAGCAACCUGAUAGACGGUGUAAACCGCACGCGGGACGAUGUCCACAUGUGGCUGGCCCCAUUUAACCAUACAGGCAAACAUCAAGUGUAUAUCAUGUUUGAGAAACCAUGCAAGGUAGCAAUGAUGAGGAUAUGGAAUUAUAACAAAUCAAGGAUUCAUUCCUAUCGGGGUGUGAAGGAAGCAGUAAUCAUGUUGAAUAACACUCCAAUCUUCAAAGGCGAAAUAGCAAGGGCCUGUGGAGGCAUAGAAGGGGGCACGGAAGCUUUUGGAGAUUCCCGGCCAUUCACCAGAGCAUGUGGAAAUGUGAAGACCAAGGCACAGAAGGAAGCUGCAUCACAACCACGCCCCGCAACCAGUAUCACAGGGGAGGGGGACCUCAUUGUGUUCAGGGGGAGAUGUUUGGAGCUGAAUUUCACAGAAACAUGGGGUGACCUUCACUACAUGGGUCUCACUAGUAUUGAGGUUGUUGGAAAAGAUGGAGAAGCACUUCCACUUAAACUGAGCAUGCUCACUGCCAAUCCUAUGGACUUGCAUUCACUUCAAGGUCAUGAACAGGAUGACCGCACACUGGACAAGGUUAUAGACGGCGCCAAUGUAACCAUGUCUGAUGAACACAUGUGGCUUGUGCCGUUUACGGAAGGAAAUAAUCACACCCUGAUCAUAGACUUUGGUCAGACCAUGUUAGUGGCAGGACUGAGAGUGUGGAACUACAACAAGAGUCCAGAGGAUACGUAUCGUGGGGCCAAGACUGUACAUGUGUCAAUAGAUGGGAAGAAAAUAUCUCCAAGGGAGGGCUACCUCAUACGCAAGGGACCAGGGGUGUGUCACUUUGACUUCGCCCAGGAGAUUAGUUUUGCUCCCCAGGAGAAACCAGCAUCCAUACCCCACCAGGCUAAGGCUGGCCAUGGACCCAUGAGGUCUUCUGUCAGUGAAGAUGACUCGGGACAGGAUUACGAAUCUGUACAAAUGCCAUGUGGCUUCAUAUACCAGCUGCAGUUAGCGUCGACCUGGGGUGACCCCUACUACGUCGGACUUAACGGCAUUGAGUUCUAUGAUGCUGCACUAAAUCAAGUCCAGCUGACGGAGACAAACAUAUCCGCUUACCCAGAUAGUGUAAAUGUGCUGAAUGACAAGACUAACGAUGCACGGACUCCAGACAAACUUAUUGAUGGUAUCUAUGAUACAUCUGAUGGUAACCACAUGUGGCUAGCCCCUGUGCUGCCUUCUAUAGUGAACAGAGUGUAUGUGAUAUUUGACCAGCCAACAACAGUAUCUAUGAUAAAGAUCUGGAACUACAGCAAGACUCCUCAAAGAGGUGCUAAGGACUUGGCUUUACUGGUGGACGACCUGCUGGUGUACAAUGGUAUGUUACACAUGGUCACAACAGGAGCCAGAGGCAUUCUGCCAAAUAUGGAGGGGCCACAAAGACAUCACACCAUCAUCUUUACACAGAACAAGGAUAUCCUGCAGCGAGAGAAACAUGCCAUCAUCAGUAAUCAGGCUGUGGACCAGGACAUACAGCUGACCAAUGACAAGAUGGUGGUCAGUCAUUACAGUGACCCAAAGAAAGCUCAGGCAGGCAAACCUGUCAACCAAGAUUUGAGACCAAAAACCAGUGUGGCUGGCCAGGGGAAGAAGAGACGUUGAUUAUAGGCCAGUAAUGGACACGUGAAAUCUGAUCUCAUUUCAAGUCCCUGUAACAGACAGUGCCAGGAGACCAAUGGAAGUAAUAUGCCACUUGUAAGGCAAAGAAUGUCAAAAGUUAGAAAUGACUGUCAAGCCAUAGGACUGGUCACAAGUCUUUGAAAAAUCUGUUUAAAAGACAUAAAAAAGAUUUGCAAACCAUAAAACUGUGUUGCAAGUCUUCUGACAGGCUCUACAUAAGGCAAUUCUACAGCCACAGAACCAACCUGAGGUCGCCAACUAGAAUGUCGACUGACAGCUGGCUGCGUACUAUGCUUUGGAUGAUCGUAGUGACAGACUAACAAAUUGUUUCAAGCAGGAAACAAAAAUGAGGAUGAUCCAUGCUGAUACUGCACACAUAUCUAGUGUUCAUGUCAAAUCCCAGUCAUCCAGUAUGUGUCUGAUGGAUGAACUCUGUUUAUCAUUACUUGUGUUUAUAAGUGUCCUCCAUUACUUCCUUUAGAACAAUACACUUGUGAUUCUGUACUUACAGAAAGACCAAUGAACUUGCCUGGAGGCAGAAACAACGACAAGUGAUUUAAUUUUAAGCAUUAAUUAUCAUCUCACUUCAAAUUAUGUUAUUAAUAUGCUUGUGGAGAUUUUUGGGCGGAAUUUUGUUGCCCCUCUAUAGAAAGUUUCCUCAGUUAGACAGCCUUGAUCUUACCAUAGAGUUCUGUCAUUUAAAUUAGUUAAGUUUUUACAUACAUGUUUUAUUUUAAUAAAUGUAUACACAAUUCAAUCUCCCUACAGGCAUUAGAUUUUGACUUUUAAAAAGUCAAACAUGUCAAUUUCCGUCCAUGUUUUAUACAAUCUGUUGUUACUUGCACUGAUGUAUCAUUUAAUCUUGUGUCUGUGAUAUAUAUAUUUUGAGAGAUAAUCUCAUAAUUGAAAAUGUACACUAAUUUAUUGCUCACUGAAUGAUGAAAUAUGUGUAUGUGUGUGCCUCAUAGCAAGGUGUAAUUACCAGCUAGCGCUGAGGCUAGGGACGAGUGGGUUAUAUAGCAGUAGGGUGUUGUGGGUAGGACACGGGAGAAGUCAUUGUCUUGGCAUUGUAUACGUAGCCAGUAAUACAGCAAUGGAUAUUCUGUAGUGGAUUAGCAACAAAAUUACUAAAUAAAGCUGUACAUUCCAUAAAAACCAGAAGUCUUAGAAAGUCUGGUCAAACCAGUUCAGGCAUAUGUCAUAUAUAUCUAUAUACAAAAUUAUAUAAUUGCAAUCAUGUCAAUAUUACUGAUAUAAUUUUUAGGUUAAGGUACAAAGGCAGUUCAUGAUUUUUAGAAAGGUCAACCUUUUGCAUCAAAGGGGUAUGGCAUGUGCUAACUCCUACCCUCGGUCCAUAUAUGUGUAUUACACAUAAUAAUAUAGACUGUGGAGUGCUGUGCCCUUUUGUUUGGCAAUAUCAGGGAGAAGGGGGUUAUAGGGAGCACCUUUACCUGGACAAACUUGCUUAAUCGGCACUAUAGUAUAAUAUGGUAGGUAGGUAUUAGUUGCUGUUUAAGAAUUUUUGAUAAUAUCAUUAAGCUACAUUCCAGUUAUCUUUGAAAUCCAAAGGCCCUGCUCUUGAUACACAUGUCUACACCCUUUGAAUAUGACAAAAUCUAAAGCUCUGAAUGAACUACUGUGCCAAUGAUUAUUGUUGACUGGUCUGGAAACUUUUGAGGAAUCCUAUAUAACUAUAGCUCUAUGAUACAAAUAGAAAAAAUACAUGUCUGCAUAAACAGUAAAAUUGACCAGCCCUGACUUGGUUAAAGUCUCCUGUAAAAUUUAUAGUACAGGUAACGAGAACAGAACGAACCAUUGACUAUUGUAGAUGCAUUCCACUGUUAGUCUUGUUAUUUAUCUGUGCUGUGAUCUAUGGAUGUACAAUGAUAUCUGUGCUGUGAUCUAUGGAUGUACAAUGAUAUCUGUGCUGUGAUCUAUGGAUGUACAAUGAUAUCUGUCCUGUGGUCUAUGGAUGUACAAUGAUAUCUGUCCUGUGAUCUAUGAAUGUACAAUGAUAUCUGUCCUGUGAUCUAUGGAUGUACAGUGAUAUCUGUCCUGUGGUCUAUGGAUGUAAACUGAUAUCUGUCCUGUGAUCUAUGGAUGUACAAUGAUAUCUGUCCUGUAGUCUAUGGAUGUACAAUGAUAUCUGUCCUGUGAUCUAUGAAUGUACAAUGAUAUCUGUGCUGUGA